UAAAAACAAAGAAUAACAUAAUUUUUUUUUAAGCAUAAAUGAAUAUUACAAAAUUAUAAUUAAAAAAAUAUUAUAUGAACAAUACCGAAACUACCAUUCUUCCUCACAACAAUGAAAUCAGCAUCAAUUUCCAGCACAGAUUUCAGAACUCUCUCUACUCUUCCGUCCCGCCAAACUCCAAUCUCACCUCACCGGCGCGUAUCCAGCACGCGCCUCUUCUCUCUGAAGCAAAGAGUAUGCGGCAAAGCCGGGAGUAGAACAGCCGGUUUUCGUUACACCAUCUGUGCUAGCUAUGGCGAUAAGGAAUCGAGUUCAGUUAGUUCUAAUGAGAAGUAUUAUAAUUCUCCGGCGGAGGCACUUCGGAAGCUUCUAGAAUCUCCGGGUAUUCAUCAAGGUCCAGCUUGUUUUGAUGCUCUUAGUGCUAAGCUCAUUGAGCGAGCUGGAUUCAAAUUUUGCUUUACAACUGGUUUUGGAAUAUCUGCCGCACGGUUAGGACUGCCAGAUGCAGGACUAAUUUCUUAUGGAGAGAUGGUGGCUCAAGGUCGAGAGAUCACACAAGCAGUGUCCAUACCAGUAAUUGGGGAUGGAGAUAAUGGAUAUGGUAACGCCAUGAAUGUAAAGAGAACCGUGAAAGGAUAUAUUAGAGCAGGUUUUGGAGGAAUAAUCCUUGAAGAUCAGGUUUCUCCCAAAGCAUGUGGUCACACACGUGGCAGGAAAGUUGUUUCUAGGGAGGAAGCGAUAAUGAGAAUAAAAGCAGCUGUUGACGCUCGAAAAGAAAGUGGAUCUGACAUUGUGAUUGUGGCACGUACUGAUGCACGUCAAGCUGUUUCCUUUGAAGAAGCCCUUUGGCGGGCUCGUGCUCUUGCUGAUGCCGGAGCUGAUGUUCUGUUCAUCGAUGCUCUUGCUUCCAAAGAAGAGAUGAAAGCUUUCUGUGACGUCUAUCCACUGAUUCCGAAGAUGGCAAAUAUGCUUGAAGGUGGUGGCAAAACGCCAAUAUUCACUCCUAUGGAACUUGAGGAACUUGGAUACAAACUUGUGGCAUAUCCACUUUCCUUGUUGGGGGUAUCAAUUGGUGCAAUGCAGGAUGCCUUAUCUGCCAUUAAAGGAGGUCGGAUACCAUCUCCGGGUAGCAUGCCUUCAUUUGAAGAGCUAAAAGAAAUCUUAGGUUUCAAUACCUACUAUGAAGAAGAGAAGCGCUAUGCAACAAAAAGCAGUCAACUUCCUUCUCCGAAAAGUGGUUUCUCAUCAAGUAGCAAUGAAUAUGGUGUUCAACCCGGCAUCCAAGCUGAUAAAGAACAAAGGAGUCAAAUACCAGAGAGUCCUGUUGAGGUAUUCAUUCCGGAGGUGUAUGACAAAUAUUCCGGAGAGAGUACAAAAGGAUAUUUCCCAGCGGCCUGGUCUCGGAAAUUGAGAGUAAAGAUAACUGGAAAAGAUGGAUUUGAAAAGCUAGACAUCAGAAUUCCGGCUGGAUUUUUGGAAGGAAUCACAAACGUAGUUCCAGCCUUGGUAGGUAUAAACCUCAAGUCUUUGUUGGAUGAGGCAACUUUAGAGGAGGGAGGGAAACAAUUGUUGGAUUUUCAAGAUACAGGAGGUGACAGAAUACAAGUUAUUUUGGAGUAAAAGAGUUCUUGUUUCUUGUUCCCGUAUUUUCCCAACUUAAACAAUUAUUUUGAUUAAUAAAUCUUGGCAAUCAAACUUAAUUUUGUAAUUAUAUGGGAAGUGAUGUAUCUCUCUAGUUUAGCUUGGCCCUUGGAAACAGUCCACAUAUUGCUAGAUGGUGAAAUUGAUUGUUAUUUUGGAGUGGAA